AUGGCUGCGGAGGAGUCUCGCUACCUGCUGGGGUGCCCCGCUGCGGAAUCCUACGCGAGAGUCCAGAACAAGAAGCUGUUCCUUGCCACGUUUGCUGCUGUUCUGGGACCGCUUAGCUUUGGCUUUGUGCUAGGCUAUAGCUCACCUGUUAUUCCAGAGUUGAGGAAAAUCAACGAUCCUAAAUUAAGACUGGACAGCGAUCAAGCGUCGUGGUUUGGGUCAGUAGUAACAUUAGGAGCUGCUGCUGGAGGAAUACUAGGAGGCUACGUUGUGGACAAAGUUGGGAGAAAGCUGAGUCUAAUGCUGUGCUCAAUACCAUAUGUUUUUGGAUAUGUAGUUAUUAUAUCUGCUCAGAAUGUUUGGAUGCUUUAUUUCGGACGAAUACUGACAGGCUUAGCCAGUGGAGUUACUUCACUUGUUGUUCCAAUGUAUAUAUCUGAAGUAUCUCAUCCUAAAGUCCGUGGUAUGCUUGGCUCUUGUGUUCAGUUGAUGGUGGUGACUGGCAUACUGGGAGCCUAUGUUGCAGGAGUAGCACUAACGUGGAGCUGGCUGGCACUGUUGUGUUCUUUUCCAUCCUGCAUAAUGCUGUUGUUCAUGUCCUUCAUGCCUGAAACACCAAGAUUUCUGCUGAGCCAGAAGAGGCACUCAGAAGCUAUAGCUGCCCUGUGCUUUCUGCGGGGACCGCAUGCUGACCAUGACAGGGAAUGUAGUCAGAUUGAAGCCAGCAUUCAGGAGGAGGAACUGAAUCUCUCUGAAUUUAAGAACCCCUCAAUCUACAGGCCUCUUCUUAUUGGUGCAGCUCUAAUGUUUUUCCAGCAAGUAACAGGAAUUAAUGCAGUUAUGUUUUAUGCAGAAACUAUCUUUGAAGAUGCUAACUUCAAGGACAGCAGAAUGGCUUCCAUUGUUGUGGGUUGUAUACAAGUAUGUUUCACUGCUGUGGCUGCACUUAUCAUAGAUAAAACUGGACGAAAAGUGCUGCUUUACACAUCUGGGAUAAUCAUGGCACUCAGUACUGCAUUGUUUGGGCUUUACUUUAAAAUGGUCCUUCCAAAUCAAAACAACUCAUCAAAUCCUGAUGUAUGGCUCACUCUAAAUGCAGCAUCCCCAGGAACAGUAUCCCACAUAUCUUGGCUUGCAGUAGUGAGCCUAGGGCUGUUUGUUGCUGGUUUUGCCCUUGGCUGGGGUCCUGUUCCAUGGCUGGUGAUAUCUGAAAUCUUCCCACUUAAAGCCAGAGGCAUAUCAAGUGGUGCUUGUGUGUUAACAAACUGGGUUAUGGCCUUCCUGGUAACCAAAGAAUUUCAUGAUUCUAUAGGUUUCUUAACACCCUAUGGGACGUUCUGGCUUUUCUCUGUCUUCUGCUGCCUUAAUGUAACUUUUACAGCCCUUUAUGUUCCUGAAACAAAAGGACAGACCCUGGAACAAAUUGAGGCCAACUUCAGAAGAUCUUAA